AUGAAAGUUGUUGGCGUCGAUGUCGAUGACUAUGGAACGAAGUGCGUUCUCGUUACCGCAGCGUGGUCAGACCUGAAGUUCGACUUCGAAGCCUCGAAAGGAGUCUGCUGUUCCUCGACCUGCGAAAAGGACGCGUUCUCAGAGCUCAAACACGCAGUGACGCUCGUUCAGGAUAACGAUCUGGGCACGUUCUGCGGACACGUCUCAGUGUGCAGGCACCUGAUGGACCUCGUGUGCAGAGGCACGGACGACAAGGCGGUCUUCGUGAAGGGCGACACGAGCAGCUGGCUCGAGUUCUUCUACCUGAGGCUCGAGAUGGAGUCGAAGCUGGACACAAAGUCAGUCGUCACGAAGGGCGACAACUCGGACCUCUCGAAGGUCGUCCACGCAAUGAACAAGUACCUGGCGACGGCGACAUUCCUCGUCUGCGAGAAGCUGGGCCCGGCAGACCUGGUGUUCGCAGUGACGCUGGAGCACCUGAUGCACCACAAGAGGCUCGACGCAGCGUACCUGGAGGCGGAGCUGCUGCACGUGGCGAGGUUCCUGAGGACGGUCAAGGCGAGCGACAAGUACCAGAAGUUCCUGGAGAUGGUGGAGCGGUUCAGAGGCGCGGACGCGAAGGCGGAGCCGGCGAAGAAGGUGAAGAACCCACUCGACCUGCUGCCGCCGUCGAGCUUUAGCCUCGACCAGUGGAAGAAGACGUACAGCAACUGCAAGGGCGACCUCUACACGGGAGUGAUGCCGUGGUUCUGGAGCAACUUCGACCCCGAGGGCUACAGCCUCUACCUCAUGGUCUACAACAAGCUCGAGGACGAGUGCAAGUCGGAGGUCUUCACCUCGAACAUGCUGAGCGGUUUCCUGCAGAGGUUCGAAAACGACCUCAGGCACUACUCGUUCGCAGUGCUGAACGUGCUCGGAGCGCACGGCAACUUCGACAUCAAGGGCGUCUGGCUCGUCAGGGGCCCCGAGCUUCCGCCGCUCGUCACGGAGCACCCGUCCUACGAGUUCCACACCUUCACGAAGCUCGACCCGGGCAACGCGGCCCACAGGAAGGUGGUCGACGACUUCUUCUGUGCCUGCGACGACAUCGAGGGCGUGCCAAUUGCUGAUUGUAAGGUCUGGAAGUAA